AACUUAUUAAAUAGAUCGCACUUGUGUUACUUUGUGAAAGUAGAUUACAGUAACAAUUUCGAUAGAAUUCAGCUCAAAACAUCCAAUUAUGCAGGACAAUAACGCCGGCAAGAUAUUUCUGGGCGGUCUGCCACAGAACUGCACUGAAGAAACGCUCACUCAGUAUUUCACCAAGUUCGGGGAGAUCAUGGAGACUACAGUUGUGCGGGACCACGAGUCGGGAAGACCGAGAGGAUUCGGGUUCAUCAAGUUCAAGGACCCCGACAGUGUUCAGACUGCUCUGGCAUCCGGACAGCACUCUAUCGACGGCAAACCGAUUGACGCCAAACCUCUGAGACAGAAGACCUACAACAGUGGCGGCAACUUCAACCACCACCACGCGGGCGGCGGAAUGGGAGGCGGUGGGUUCGGAAACCGGGGCAAUAGUGGAUUCGGAGGCAGAGGGGGUAUGAUGCGGGGACCUCAAGGCGAGAGGAGGGGUCCGGGAGGGGAUGGAGGGGGCAGUCAGCGUCCUGCAGCUGGUGAUCACCCCUUCAAGAUAUUCGUUGGAGGACUACCCAGACAAGGAGCGGAUGAUCACUCUCUAAGAGAGUACUUCAGUCAGUUUGGGGUGGUUACUGAUAUCGUGUUGCCGACUGACAGAGAAACGAGACAGCCCAAAGGCUACGGGUUUCUCACCUUCGAGUCUGAGGAAGGGGCAGCCAAUGCGACCACGAAGAGAUUCCAGGACAUAAUGGGCAAAAAAGUGGAGGUUAAGAGAUGCGACAACCGAGACAGACAGAGUCGGCAGAACUUCGACGGACCGGGAGGGGGAGGAGGACACCAGCAGGGCUUCAUGCAGCAAGGAGGAGGAUUCGGAGGAGGGAGUAGGGAUCAUCAUGGAGGCGGUGGGGGUUAUCAUCAUCAGCAGCAACAACAACACGGUGGGCCAAAUAGCUAUGGUGGGGGAGGCGGUGGUGGUUACGGCCAGGGUGGGGGCUCAUCGGCCGGAGGAGGCUACGGUUAUGAUGGCCAGAGUGGUGGUGGGAGCCAGGGUGGCUACGGGGGGUCACAUCAGUCUCAGCAACAACCUAGUCAGCAAUCUUUCCCAGGCGCUUAUCCUGGCUUUGGAUCGUACCAGCAGUCUAACGCCCAAGGUGGUGCUGGAGGAGCUGGGGACUCCAGCAGACAACAGAGCCAAAUGAUGCCUAAUAUGUUUGGCCAGUCCGGAGCUCAGGCAGGCCAGCAGCCUCAGCAGCAGUACCCUCAAGCCGCUGCCGCAGGAGUCCCGGGAAGUGGUCCUGCAGGAUUCAACAUGGCUGCUGCUAUGCAGGGAGGUGCUGGCGGAAACCCUGGAAGCCAACAGUCACAGGCAGCUGCUUACAAUCAGUAUGCACAGUUAUGGUACGCGUCUUUACAAGCUCAAGGUGGUGCAGCGCAAGGGACCCCGGGAUCGAACCCGGCAGCUGCCAACCCAGCCGCAGCUUCAAGUCAGGCAGAUUUAGCAGCCAAUUACCAGAACUACCUAAUGCAAUACCAGCAGCAGAAUCAGAACGCAAGCCAGUCUACUGUUUCGGCCAUGGGGUCAUCGGGAGGUGCAGCACCUGUUGGAGUGCCACCACCCAACGUGGCAGGUGCUCCAGGCGCCUCAUCUGCCGGCCAAGCUAAUGCUACAAACCCUGCGGCUGCUGCCAAUGCGUUCAACUUUCAAGGAUAUCAACAGUCUCCAGCCCAAGGUAGCCCAGCUGCUGCCGGAUUCGGAGGAGGAGUGAACCCUGCAGGUAGUAUGAUGCCCAGUGGUGCAGUGAUGGGCAAUCCGGCUGCUGCUGCCUCAGGACAACCCAAUUCCAGCAACGACAUGUAUGCCCAGAUGUAUGCCCAAUAUAUUGCAGCCAUGAAUUCCCAGCAGAACCCGGCAACGGCGGGAGGAGCUGUAGUGCCUCAAGGCCAAGGACGUUGAGUCUUUCAAGGAAAUGCAGUACAUUGAGGAAUCAAAAGUUGUAUGAUGGAAUGUGUUGGGUCAAACGAAAUGACUAACAGAAGAGAUUUAAACAGUACAAUACUGGGAGUAACUCGCAAUAUAUUUGAUCGACCAAACUUGCUUUUAUCUUUUUACUCUUCAUUGUAGCCGUUCAUGUUCAAUUGUGUUUUUGGGUUUAAGAAUAGACUAGAUGUCUCGCAAAUUUGUGGAUGCAUGAUUCUGAAUUUAAACUAUGUUAUCUCUUCCUUGUAA